AGGCACUCACGUGACCCGAUGGCGCUCACGUGACCGCGCGCCCGGCUUGCGGCGAAAUGAUGGCGGCGAGGUUAGCGCGGUUCUUGCUGUUGCUCCGGCUCGCGGCGCGCGGGCCCGCGUCCGCAGGAGCCGCCAAGAUGAAGGUGGUGGAAGAGCCUAACACGUUCGGGCUCAACAACCCGUUCCUGCCCCAGACCAGUCGCCUCCAGCCCAAGAGGGAUCCUUCACCUGUGUCUGGGCCCGCACAUCUCUUCAGACUUUCUGGCAAGUGCUUCAGCCUGGUGGAGUCCACGUACAAGUACGAGUUCUGCCCCUUCCACAACGUGACCCAGCAUGAGCAGACCUUCCGCUGGAAUGCCUACAGUGGGAUCCUGGGCAUCUGGCACGAGUGGGAAAUCGCCAACAACACCUUCAGGGGCAUGUGGAUGAAAGAUGGUGAUUCCUGCCGUUCUCGGAGCCGGCAGAGCAAGGUGGAGCUUACCUGUGGAAAAAGCAACCGAUUGGCUCGUGUGUCUGAGCCAAGCACCUGUGUCUAUGCGCUGACGUUCGAGACACCCCUUGUCUGCCAUCCCCAUUCCUUGUUAGUGUACCCAGCCUUGCCCACGGCCCUGCAGCAGCGGUGGGACCAGGUGGAGCAGGACCUAGCUGAUGAACUGAUCACUUCCCAGGGCUAUGAGAAGUUGCUCAGGGCACUUUUUGAGGAUGCUGGCUAUUUAAAGGCCCUAGGAGAAAAUGACUCUGCACAGCAGGAAGGAGGUACUCAGGGCCUGGAGUUUGAGACCUUGGAGAGCUGCAGUAAGGCACAUAAGGAACUGUCAAAGGAGAUUAAAAGACUUAAAAGUAUGCUGACCCAGCAUGGCAUCUCCUAUACCAAGCCUGCAGAAACUUCCAGCUCUGAACACUUGGGCCCCAAGACACCCACACACAGGACAACAGAGCAGCUACGAGGUGACUUGGGGUUGCGUGGAGACACCUUGUGAGAAUCUGAGACUGGGCUGGAGACAACCAGACUGUCAUCUUAUAGCAGAAAAGAGGAACAACAGGCCAGGACCAUGGUGCAGAGCAAGAAGUCUUGGGAAAAGCUGUGCCUUCUGGGCUAGCAGCUGUCAGGGUUGUGCUCAAAGAUGCAGACAAAUAAAGAUUCAAAGUUUUAAUUCCCA